CAACUAGUUAGUUACAAGGCAAAAGAAACAAAAUUAUAGAAAUAAAUAUAUGUAUUUUUAAUAGUUAAAACAAAAAUAUCAUAUCAUACAAAACGGCAGAGAAUAAUAAUUUAAAUUAACAAUAACAAAAUACAUACAUACAUACAUAUUUGAAUUAAUUAAAAACAACAGCAUUAACAAUUAACAAAUGGAAUUCUAUACAAACUUCCCUCAAAUGGAAAUGUGUACAAAUAGUCGCAUUAGUCCCUCGGAGUCCGAUUCAUCGAAUAGCACUGCCAAGCCCAGGCAUGUUGUAAAUGCUCGCGAACGUUGUCGCACUCAAAGUUUUUCCAGUGUUAAUUCGGCUUUCAAUACAUUACGCACUUUAAUACCCACCGAACCAUACGAUCGCAAACUAUCUAAAAUCGAGAUAUUACGUUUGGCUAAAAGUUAUAUAGCUCAUUUGGAUGCGGUUAUUGUAACAGGUAAUAACGAAAAGCCUUGCAGCAUCUACUCUACGGAAACACAUCAUCAGUGCAAUGAAAUAAUAACGGAUAGCAGAACUGCAAUUUGUACAUUUUGUGCCAAUAACUAUAACAAAAGUUAAAAUAAUAAACUAAAUUUAAAUUUAUUUUUUUAAGU